AUGGCAGCCUCACUACAGAUAAAAACGCUCGUUUUUCUAUUUUUACUAUGUGAUACCAUAAGGCUGAUUUGCUCUGAAACGGAACCAAAGAAAGAGAAGGAAGAAUUAUCAGCGGAAGAAACGAAAAAGUUAGAAAUCAUUAAGAGAAUUAAAAAAAUCAAUGACGAUGGAUCCUACACAAUUGGCUACGAAGCUGAUGAUGGCUCUUUUAAAAUUGAGAGCAGGGAUGUAUUGGGUCACAUUAAAGGAACCUAUGGUUUCGUGGAUCAAGAUGGACAAAUAAAACGAGUAUCAUACAGCACAACCAAUUCUACUGAAAUUAUUAGCAAGCCUCCCGAAGAAACCCUAUCAUCGGUUGUUCAAAGAAUUCCAAGUAAAAAACAAUCAACUACAACAUUUGCCUUCACUUCUACACAAUCAACACCAUUGACAUCAACUGUAACGUCCAUUAAAAGGAAACCCAUUUCGGUAAAUGAAGAAACACAAAAACCAAACUACCAAAAUGUGAUAAACGUUGCCAAUGCUGCUCCAGUCUCAAAGAAUGUCGCAUAUACACCCGCCACAUCCAAAGUACUAAUUCAAGGAAAAUCCGUAGCUAAUCAAAUAACAAAACCAGAAACAGUGACAAUUAUGCCAACAGAAUCCUCUUCUCAUAAUCAAUUUGACUCUGUACAUGAGAAACCCCUUGAGGAAUUGGAAUCUGAUGCUAGAGGCAAUAUAUUACGAAGAGAACUUCCUCAACGUUUAAUUUCACCAUAUGAUGCCAGAGAACAUAUUUUCACCCUUCAACAGUCUAUGGGAAAAGAUGCAGUUGACGUGUAUAGUAGUUCCAUGACUACGGGUACUCCAAGACCAUUAUUCACUACUACAGCUAGACCUCUUCGACCUGUGCUAUAUUCUUCAGCUCCCACCACGCAUACAUCGAGAACGACAUUUCCAGUUAAUUACCUUAAAAAUAGUCUUCAAGAUAUUGAAAGCACAUCACGCGAUUACCAAAAACAGGAAGUAACUACUGAUUUUCCCGAGCCAACACCAGUUUCACCUGUACAGACUCCUGCCGCUAGAACCGAUGUAUCUGAACCUCUUGUAGCAAUAAGACAUCCUAAUCAAGGAAACACAAUCUUAGUUCCUUUAAGUCAACUUCAAGAAAGAAUUAUUCCUGCGGAGCAACUGAGAUACUUAAGUGAACCUCCCAGGCAGUAUUUUGUACAAAAUCAAAAUAGACCAGUAGCGGUGGAGAUAGAGCAGCAACCAGCUAUAGUAAGAAGAUUACCACACCACCAUUUAAGACCGAUGCCAGUACAAAUUGAUGAAAAUGGUUAUGUGAGAGAAUUGCCUAAGCAGGUACCAGUACCGUAUCCAGUUCGUAUCGCGCCUGUUCCUAGAUAUACCGACGAAGACGAUGAUAUCGACAACAUUCAACCCCCAGUGAGUACAAAAGAUUUCCAAAGAUUAUUGCAACAAUUAAUUAUAAGACAAAGUAGAUUGGAGAAAAUUAAUGCUUUAACUAGGCAACCACCUGAAAUGCUUAUACGUCCAGAUCAACAAAAAUUCCGACAAUUUUAUCGUCAACCAGCUCCUUCCUAUGUUCAUCAAGAUCCAAAUAUUCAUUAUAUACAACAACAACAAGAACAAAUGCAGAAGUAUGCAGAGGCCGAGCGACAACAACUGGUUCCUCUAAAUAAUCAACACAGUCCAAAUAUUUACGAAGAUUACGACUCUCAAUCGUAUAGACCUAAUAGAAGGGUAGCUAGAUUGUUACCCAAUAAUCUCAACCGACAACAACAACAAAAAGAAGAAUAUCUUCCUUCGGACGUUAGGGAAAUGUUGCUUUUAAGGAUGCUGCAGUUAGCUAUUAACCCAGCUUUACCACUAGAUGAAGACGAAAUAGAAGUUACGAGAAGUUCCCCAGUAAAGAGAACACCAGUUAGAAAUGUUGAAAUUUUGGGAGAAGAAGAUUCUCAUGAGAAAAGUCGCGAACAAAAAGAAAAACGAGAUACAAUGGAGUAUUAA